AUGCACAUCCACCUAUCCAUUGUCUUUCUGCUCUCAGCAGCCCUCACCUCGACGGCAUAUCAGAUUGUGGAUGACUUUUCUGGCAUCGGAUUCUUCGACGAAGGAAAUUGGGAUUUUUAUGGCACUCUAAACCCUUUCGCCACUAUGAUAAUCUUACGCUGGGUUAUUAUGUUUCUUGGUCAAAAUUUUGUCUCAUUGCUUCAAGGUGAUGUAAUUUGGUUAAACGAAGUGGACGCGUACACUCAGCAACUGGCGUACGUCAACGCCGCUGGAAAUGUUAUUUUACGCGUCGACGACUUUACCAACGUCCCUUUCAACCAAAAGCGAAACUCGGUACGCAUUACGACGCGAAGGUCCUAUGAGCUCGGUUCUCUUUGGAUCAUUGAUGCUGUUCAUCUUCCUUAUGGAUGCUCGACGAAGGUUUGGCCAAGCAUAUGGACGCUUGGGCCUGAUUGGCCGAACGGAGGAGAGAUAGAUAUUGUUGAAGGCAUCAACUUGAUGCUCGAUAAUCAAUAUGCUCUGCACACAACGGCUGGCUGCUUCCACACAACCCCCAGCAGCCAAACAGGCGUUUCAUCUGUGAAUGACUGCUCCAAUCCUGCAGGGUGUCUAGUGGGUGAAAACGCUCCCAACAGCUAUCAAAGCGGGUUUGCGGCUGCAGGCGGAGGAGUUUGGGCCGCCCAAUUCGAUUAUACGGGGAUAUUCAUAUGGUUCUGGAGUCGUCCAAAUGUUCCGGCCUCCAUCCUUCAAUCGACGGCUACCUCCUCGAUGGAUCUUUCGGACUGGGGUCCCCCUUCUGCAAGCUAUGUGAACAAAACAUGUAAGAUAGAAGACUUCUUCGGGCCUCAAAAACUUGUAAUCGAUAUAACGUUGUGCGGCCAAUGGGCUGGUAUCCCCGCCGAUUACCUCGAAACAUGUGCUGCAAAGGGGCCAACGGGUAUUUGUUACAAUGAUAACGUGGUUGGCUCUGGAGCCAACUUUGAUCAGGCAUACUUCGAGCUGAAACACGUGCGCGCGUAUACCACCGCUGGACCUGGCCCCUCGGCCGCUGUUGCUGCUCUUGGGAGUCAUUCGGGCUCAUAUAAUCCACACAUGAAUCUGUGGUGGGCAACUAUACUGGCUCAUAUUUCUCUGGGAAUUAUCUUGGUCCUUCUUCGAUGA